AUGCAACCGGCUAAUGAUUUCAGGCAUCUGAUGAACAAUGAAUUCAGUGGUGAAUUGCAUCCAAGCUUUAAGGAACUCAAGAACUUAACUUCUUUUGCUAUUCAUGAAAACAACUUCACUGGAACAAUACCCGAGUACAUAUCCAACUGGACGCAACUUCAGAUGCUGUCACUCAUGGGAAACAAUUUUAAAGAGCCUUUACCUGCUGCAAUUUCAACAUUAGAACACCUUUCUGUUCUGGAAAUUAGUGACUUAACUGCCAGCCCUCAAGGCAUUUCAUUCCCAAAUAUCUCAGGACUGACCAAUUUGCAAAGCUUGUAA